AUGCUUUCAGAGAUCAGAAAUGGCACCAGAGUGGAGAAUGGCGUUCCGGACUUCACUGCUUCCUCUAUGAAAGUGCUCGAUGGGAUACGUGACAGGGAAGGUGGUGAUAAGGCGCCGAGGUUCGAACACACGAGCAUAUGCUUAACAAACGGUCAGGCCGACCUUUAUAACUGGAAGCAUCUAGAGCAGAUCGAAGGGGACGAAAUAGUAUUCCCUGCGGUCGAUCAGAAGACUCCUCAUACUCCGAGAGACUUUAACGUAGAAGAGGUAUCAUCUUUGGGGUACCGCACUCAUGUCACGCUGAAGGUGGGAUGUCGCGUCAUGACCACGAUCAACCAUCCUAACGGAACCUAUGCUAAUGGGCCACAAGGAGUAGUCACUCGGAUUGAAACAGGACUUACAGAUGAUCCUAGAGUCCACAUCCUCCUAGACGGUGAGAGCAACGCCAUAUUGGUAUGCCGUGAACGAUACACUCUAUCCAACGAACACGGCGAAGCGGUAUUUAUAAGAGAUCAGCUACCGAUUAUGGUUGCAGCAGCAAUGACUGCCCACCGUACGAUAGGUCUCACACUCAAUGGUAUCUGGCUCCAUCUUCCGUUUAAGAACCGAUCCAAGAAGCGAGAAGCCGACGAGAUUGCAUUCUGGCAACAGGAAUGGCUCGAAGGAUGCAUCUACACAGCAUUAUCAAGAGUUGGUUCACGACAAACUGUGAGAGUGGACGGCUUACGCAGAGCUUCAACCAGCCAGACUCUUAACCCCAUGUUCACGAUGGGCACCGACGCCCUAGAGUUCGACGCCUGGUGUAGGUCUCAGAACAGCCUCAUAGACAGCCCAACAUCAAGAUGCACUGAUCCAUCGUCGACAUUCCCUGAGCCAGACAGGAAAUUGAUGGGCGAUAUGAGAGCCACGCUGGACAGCCUCGUCAAGCAUAUGGAGGAUGCACCAGCUAAAACGGCGGAGCGUGUGUCAGUUCAGCUCGAAGCGGCCAUGUCACGGACGUUACUAUACAACCACUUUGCUACUCUAUAUACGUCGAGAACGAAUGCAGGUAAAACUUCGAUAAAUCCAGUGGUCUAUUGCAUGAGUCGGGGCGACUUACGAAUGGUUGUCGAAGCCUUAUCGACUGAGCAUCAGUGGGAGUUCUAUGGUCAGCUCGACGAGUAUCUCAACAUCACAGUCUCUCAAUCUGACGGUCCUGACGAUGAGAAGAUACUAGAAAUUGCCAAAUAUGUAGGAGAUACUCAGUACACAAACGCGAAUGAUGAUGAUAAUCGACCCAGAACCUCAUACUCCAGGACCGGUAACGCAGAUGCUGUAGACGCCGCUCGCCCAACAGUCGAAGCAUGCUCGGCUGCUGUCACAGAUGCGAGAGUGUCUGAUCAAGGUAAUAACGAUGAUACUAGCUCCUGCAUUAACUCUGAAGGAGAGGCGGCUGACUUCGACGAGCUCAGCGAAAUGGCUCAGGCUGAUGCAGGCUCAGGAAAAGAUCGUUUCGAACAGCGAGCCUUCCUGAUAUGCGAGGGAUCGAUUCAUGACGUCGUGGUGGCCUACCUCGCCGAAUGUCCACAUUACAAUCUAACGCGGACAACUAUCGAUCGCCUGAAGUCUGGGAGAGCAAGUUGCAUCCUAGAAUGCCAACGCAGCGUUUCUUACCGAUUCUCUCAGAAGACUCCGAUCUCUGGUAGCAAGCCGGACUGGCGUUGUUGGCCUCAAGAUGCCUGUCCUCUGCGUGAAGUAUGUGUCGUAGCUCGGAACGGUAACUGCUACUUCUACGGUGAGGCUUCUGCGCGUGCCUCAAGAGAGCAAUGGCGCUCUCACGCCCAUAUUCCUGGGAGCACUCGCUGCAGGUCGGCAUUCAUACCACCACCAAUAAUAGACGACUGGUUGGCUCUGAUCUCCGAAAGCCCAGGAAUGACCCGAGGUGACCUAAUCAACUGGACAAUGAGGAAGCAUCUAGAUGGUGGUUACCGUGGAUCAAGACACACCUUCGAGUUUAUGGUGGCCAAGAAGCUCGAGAGCGAGAGUGAGAAAGUUCGGGCGGUGAUGAGGUCCCUCAGGCCCGGAGGCAAGAGCGGCCUCAGCGUCGAGGCGUUCAUAGAGAGCUUGGCUCCAUUGCGAUGCUCUAUAGAAGACCUCGUCCACCGAGUCAAGCCUGUCAUCAUGGAGCUCACAGUGAUCGGUGAGGACAUACUAGAUGAAGAAGCCGAUCGAAAUCUUCUCGCCGCCGAUAACUGCCUGGUUCUCGGAGACAUCCUUUGUACGAAAGAACGAGCUGAUAACGGUCGAUUCGUAGUGAACGAGUUCUGCAUGGUAGCCACGAGCGCUCGGAUGCUGAAUAACAUGAGGAACUGUGGCACCAUUGGAGUGGACUGCAGUUUCAACAUAGUACUCGCAAAUAUGGCCAUAGUGGUGGUUUGUGCUCUUCCUAGAGGAGAGACUGCACUACCAGUUGCUCUGGGACUUGUACAUGCCGAAUCUGCAUCGUCUGUGGCCCAUUGUCUGCGCCAGAUCAAGAAUGCUGCAGUAGCGUUGUGCCUGACCGAGAGUGAGCCUAGAGAGGUGGUCAUGGAUGGCUCCGCGAGCAUACAUGCAGCUUGUGAGUCCAUUUUCAACGAUUUCGAUGUCAUAAGCUGCUUCUUCCACGUGGUGAAGCGAGCACGGGAGGCCAAGGCUAAAGCUCGUCUACCGAAGGAGCUGUGGGGAGAGGUACUCAGGGACCUGACAUCACUAGCGUGCACAACCAGCCGUAUAGAAUGGGAGAUAAUAACGAGACUAUUCAUCGAAAAAUGGACUAAUGGUAAUACCAAGUAG